CAGGCGGGAUGAGUAGCGGGGGGCUUGUAUUAAGCACCCCAAAUUCAGACGAAAGCGCAGCAUUUACGCCACUCAAGCCAGUCGCAAUGUCCAGGGAGUCUACAGAAGACACGGAUGUCUUUGACGACAUCAAACCCCCAAUACGGAUCCUGGACAAUCAACACGAUUUGGCACAGGCACAAUCUGAAAUGGACAAGUACAUGUCUGGGCAAGUGUCAUUUGUGCCCAUGGGGCCCAAUAAGACGUAUCGCCGGGAGAGUGCCUCGGUGGUGGAUGAGUAUUUCUCAACCGAAAAGCCGCUUUCCGCGCCCUACAGCGUGAAUAUCAAUGUGAUCCUUCCGGACACCACUCAUCUGCGCACAGGGCUCUAUCGGCCCGCCAAGGCCCUUGCCCCCUUCCCCCAGAUAAAAAUGGAACCUGGCACCAGCUUUGCCCAACCCUGCUCAUCCGCUUCUGGCCCAACUCAGACUCUGCCAGACUUCACCAGCGUCUUCAGCAUGCCCCAUUCGGUGGCAGCGAACAAUAUCUUCGUCAAGCAAGAGAUGCCCUCCGAGAUCCCUCUGUCAUCCAGCCUGCUCUACCAGCUGCCGUCUGGCCACAGUGGAGGGGAAAUGACCACCAUGGCACACUCCACGUGCCACACGACCGCCAUCAACACCAUCACUGGAGUUGCCAUGUCCACCAGCAGCUCCUUGCUGGACACCAGACCCCUUCCCAGGCCCAUGAGGCCAGGAGGGCAGGCCAAGCCCUUCCAACCCACCUCCCAAGGGCAAGGCACUUUUCACUUAGCAGGACAAUUCUACCCUGUGCCAGGAGUCAGCCUGCCCCCGUCGCCUCCCAACUCACAGCCUGGCAGCCCCGAGAACCAGCCAGACCUCAUCAACACCAUCUCUCCUCCACCUCCCUAUGAAGCUGCCUUUGGACUGAAACUGGCUCAGCCAGCCCAGAUCCCAUCACUUUCGAAUGGCCUGGGGAGCCUUUCCCAGGGGCACGUCAUCAUGCAGACACCCAAAUACAAUCGGCGGAACAACCCAGAGUUGGAAAAAAGGAGGAUCCACCACUGCGAUUACCCUGGUUGCACAAAAGUCUACACCAAGAGUUCACACCUGAAGGCACAUCAGAGAACACAUACUGGCGAGAAGCCCUACAAGUGCACGUGGGAUGGCUGCGACUGGCGCUUUGCCCGCUCGGAUGAGCUCACCCGGCACUACCGCAAGCACACCGGAGCCAAGCCUUUCAAGUGCAUUGCUUGCGGCCGCUGCUUCUCCCGCUCUGACCAUCUGGCUCUGCACAUGAAGAGGCACCAGAAUUAAAGACUGGAGCACCGUUGUCCUGCAGCAGCGA